AUGUCUCUUAAUCCUCACUGUGGCAAACCCAAGACAACGAAGGCGGCUUCACUUUCAUUGACGGUUCAGGUUACACAAAAGGAAGCCCCGAAAAGCGUCAAACCCAGAUCCGGUAUAUCACGAAGCAUUCAGCGGAUUGCGAACGCCAACCUAGUCGGCGAGGACGGUGCAUGGACUAUACCCCGGGCUCGCAAUCCCCCGCCAACGUGCAAACAAUGUCUCAUGGUUGUGAACCUGCCGGAGUCGAAGGAAUUCGAUUCUCAAACAAGGCUCAACCACAAAAUCAACCUGCUGCGCAAGACUUUGAGGCGGCUAUUCAUCCCGGGAGAAGAAACCUCGCCAAAAAACAUCUGUGUAAAGUCAGUGUUCUACCUUGGGAAGCUCGCAAAUGGCUCUUCUGGCUCUACUCGUCCUCUCAAAGUGGUUCUAGGAUCAGAAGGUGAGGCAGCCUCCCUGUUUCAACGGGCACAUAGGCUCAAGGGGGAACGGAUACGCAUCCUCCGAGAUCUAGACCGUGUGCAGAGGGAACAACUAAGAAAGGCACUCUCCAAACUACACGAGCGCAGCUCAAAUGGGGAAGUCAAUCUAGUAAUUCGGGCUUCUCGUGUGCAGAAGAGGCGCCCUUACUUCCGGGGAAGACCCCUGUUGAUCGCGUAUCCAACAACAACUCCGGAGUAUGCCAUUCGGCGAGGAGAGGAGGUCUGCAGUAGACCGAAGCGGACCCGAUAUAAUGCUAACGAGUAUCAGGUGCCUCUUGAGCAAGAGGGAUGA